AUGGACCAAUUAGAGUCAGUGCUUUCACAGCUUAACAAAACAUCCGACCAUCCAAACAUGACACAGGAAAACGCGACCGAUUACGCCUACGAUUAUGACGCAGGUCUUUACGAGAAAGGAGACCUUCUCUACUAUAUCGUCUAUCCUAUCCUUGUUCCUGUUGGUAUUAUCGGCAACUCCCUCUCCUUCAUCGUUCUCAUACAACUAUCACGGUCCUCCUCCUUCUUCCUGUACCUAUCCAUACUGGCUUUGUCUGACCUGGCGUUCGUAGUUGUCGGAGCGAUGAUGAGGUGGGUAGAAGUGCUCGGAGACCUGCUCUUUUAUGACGAUAUUACAUCAUACUUGUGUUCAGUCAAGUUUACAUUGGUGUAUGUAUUCUCGCAGUUCUCUUCGUGGAUUAUCGUUGCUGUGACCACCGACCGUUUCAUUGCCGUCUGCUUUCCAUUCAAAAGAGCGACCUACUGCACUAAACGGCGUGCGUUAUUUACAGCGCUCUUUUUGUUUCUGUUUAUUUCUGGUAUCAACUUACCAAAUAUUUGUUUCAAAUGGGAGAAUCAAGUAUGUGUUUAUCCAGAAAUUACCUUCGAUUACUGUCUGAAGUACAGCAUCAUGAUCGACCUUCUCGCCUAUUUCGUGGUGCCAGUGAUCCUGAUAUGUAUCCUCAACAUUCUGACACUUCGGGUGCUGUACAGAGCGCUCAUUCGUAGACGUCGACUCGUGAACCGGCAGAAGGAGGGCGAUGAUUGCAAAAAAACGACAGACGAAAACGACAUGAAACAAAUAAUGGCCAUGUUAUUGGUUGUAAGUGGAGUUUACGUCAUCACCUCCUUGCCUAUGGCGUACGGAAGCAUGAUGGCUUGGGCGGAAGACCAGCAGAUCGUCGAAACUGAGUACUCGUAUCUCAUGAACGUCAUACUGGAGCUAUCAAACACCAUAAAUCACUCCAUCAACUUCAUCCUGUAUGGUAUAUCAGGUGCAACCUUCAGAAAAAAGGUGAUCCAAAUGCUUUGCUGUUGCUGCCGUAGACAGUGGAACGGCAGGUCAGGUGUAAAGAAGAUCGCGAAGGAGAAAUCCAACUUGUCACAAGAGGACAGCAACAAAGCGCAAAAAAUCGCAAACAUUGCUAUAGAUGAGAUAUAAGUACAAACAUCGUAG